AUGCCCGAGUUCAGGCGCCGGGACUCGGAGAAAUUCAGACUCCUAUUCGCGUACCAGAUUCAGCGGCGGUGUAGAUCUAGAUCUCAGCAUCGAAACACGGAUAUUGAUAUGAUAAAUUAUACAGUGUGGUCAUAUACUACAAGUAGCACCAGGAGAAUUGGGACGAGUCGGGAUAUGCCCUUCAAACCCGAGAAGGUCGGUACCGACUUUAAUGUUCAUGGGUAUCCUUACUCUAAUAACCACCGAUACCUAACGAUGCCAGAUGUGGGCCACGCUCAGAGAAGAAUCAAUAAAGUUCAAGGAAAAAACAAAAAGGCGCACAAGCCAAAAAGAAUACCUUACACGAAGCUAUGGGACAAGUGGAGUCCAAGCACAAAAUACUUUAAUGAUGAAGAGACGAACCCAGCCGACGAAAAAUAG